CAGCAACUAUCCAAUCACAACUCAGAACCAAGCGGAACAGCGACGUUUCGCUAUUCCAGUGAAGGUUAGACACCAUCCCAACAUUGUUUUUGGAAUUUUAUUGCAUAAAGUGAUAUUUACAAAAUGUUUAUGAUGCUUCCAUGGUGGUUACGAGUCCAGUCAGCCGUGUAGUUUUCAAAACAUCCGUGAGAUUAAGCAACCAUGGCCGGUAUGUCCAACUACGCACUUCGCAUGGCCCGACUAAGUGCUCAAAUAUUUGGGGAUGUCGUACGUCCGACCGAUUGCAAGUCGAUGAAGGUGGUACGACUUUUCGAGGAGCCUCCGAUGGCCAAGAGGAAGGAAGUGUAUGACUGGUACCCACAACACCAGAUCUACUAUGCCAUGACUCAAAAGCUGAGGUUCUUGGGACUGUUCAGGGAUGAGCAUGAAGACUUUAAGGAGGAGAUGCGUCGCUUGAGGAAGCUGAGAGGAAAAGGUGUACCAAAGAAAGGCGAAGGAAAGAGAGCAACUAAGAAGAAAUGAUGCUUAGGCACUGUGGAACUUUGAAAACAGGACAAUUAAGGAGGCUUCUAAAUAAUAUUCCACUGUACCAUGUCUUCUGAACCGAUUUGUAGUGUCCAGAAUAUGCCCUCCAACCCCAAAAAUGAAAGGAAAUGCUGUCUGUGUUGCAUCCCAGUUGUUGACUGCAGCCUAACUGUUGUUUAUUGUUGAAAUAUUGAAUCAUGGGAAACACAAUAAAGUACUUUUAGAUCCAAUUUAGGGCUGUGAAACAAU